AUGAAUUGCUAACUAAAAAGAACCUGUUGUUUAGAUUGUAUUGAAAAGCAUAAUGAGCAUAAAUACGAUUUAAAGACAUUCAAAUAGAUUACAUAAUGGAAAAAAAAUACAACCUAAAACUAUGAUAUAUAUUAAAAAAAGAUAAGUUAGAUUGUUGAAAUAAUGGUUUAGGCUGAAAAAUACUUAACAAGUUUGGGUGAGGAUCUAGAAAAACCUUUUGAAGAGAUCAUGAAUGAUGAGCUUUAAAAAUAAGUUCACAAUUUAUUCAGAAUCCAACAUUUAUAACAACCUUUCAAUUAAUUAAUAUCAAAUUUAGAAACAUUGAUGGAACCAAUUUCUUAAAUAUUUUCAAUAGUUGAGGCAUCUUCAUUAGAAAAAUCAAUAAAGGGAUAACCAAUUCUGAAUGAUUCAAAUUAUAAAUUUCAAACUAUUGGCUCAGAGUAAUAAAUAUAAGAAGAAAAAUAAUUAGAAUUCAGGUAAAACGAAGGAAAGCAGAAAACAAAAUAAUUGAAAACAUAAAUUUAUUUAGAUUUAAUUGAAAAAACAACUAGAAUAAGGAGGGAUAAUGAUUUGGAUAUUCAUCAAUACCCUAAGUAUUAUCGGUCAUCAUUUGAAAAUCUUGAUGAUUACAAAACAAUAAUUUUGAUAGGAACUUAAAAUUCAUAAAAGUAAAAUCUGAUCAACUUAUUUGUAAAUUAUUACUAUGAUGUUGAAUUUUCAGAUCAAUAUAGGUUUGAAAUUAUUGAUGAUAUCGAUAUAACCAAAAUGAAACAAAAUGAUGAAUAUGAGUAAACCAAAGUUUAUUAUAUCACUCCACUAAAUGGAAAAUCAGGACUUAGAAUUAUAUAUACACCAGAUUAUAGUGAUGAUCUAAAUUAUGAUGAUCAAAAUAGAUUCGACAGAAUAUACGAUAUUAUAUUCAAUUCAGCUUCAUUGAAUCAAAAUAUUCUAAUUGGUUUUGUAAUUCCAUAAUAAGUAUAGCUAGGUUCAUUUUUUAUGUUGGAAUCUAUCCUAAGUAAAUUUUCAAACAUCCUAAUUAAAAAUAUUGUCUUUUUAUUCCCAGAUUGUGCAGAUGACUAUCCUAAAUAGAAAUAAAUUUUGUAAUCUCAAACAGAAACGAUAAAUGGAAUAUUUUCCCCUGUUUUCAAAAUGAUACCAAAAAUGAAACACUUUUGGUUUCUCAAAUUUAACACUAAAGUUUUAUAUUUAGAAAACAAAACUUAGGAGAAUAAAUGUCUCUGGGAAAUGGAAUUAUUUAGAAAAUAAAUUUAAUUACAAUAAACUAUUAGAGAUGAAGAAUAAGUACAAUGA